GUAAUCCUGUUUCAACGAACCGUACAUGGCGCUGUAACUAUUGCGCCUCGUGGAACAAACACACACGCACACAAAAAAAAACACUUUAUGUCGUAUUUCUGGGUGAGUCGAUAUUUUAUUGCAACGGAACUGCAGCCGAGAAAUUGAAAAAACACGAGUAUUUAAUUGCGUUUGUCCGAGUUUUCGAGGACGUUAAUGCCGUUCGAGAGGUACUUUUAGUGCGUCGACACUCAACACCGUAGGAACGAACAAAGAACCCAGACGCAUGCAUAACUCGAUUCUUGUCUGCUAUAACUUGAUUUCAUGUAUAUUUAAACUUCUUUUAGGGGAUUACAUACGCCAGUUAUUUUUUAAAUCGCUUGUUAUUCUUUUUAAAGUUUACGAGACUCAUUCAGUGCCGUUAGCCACAUUAGCCGUCAUAACUCCGGACAAAUGGCCGAGGUGUACGUUCGAGUGGCCGAGGAGGAGAACGAGGAGCCCAUGGAAAUCCCGUCCGAGGACGACGGCACCGUUCUGCUGUCGACAGUGUCGGCCCAGUUCCCCGGAGCGUGCGGCCUCCGCUUCAGGAGCCCCGUGUCCCAGUGCAUGCGCGGCGUGCGGAUUGUUGAGGGAGUCCUGCAUGCUCCGGAGACCGGUUGGGGAAACAUGGUGUACGUGGUCAACUAUCCGAAAGAUAACAAAAGGAAAAUGGAAGAAAUCGAUGCCUCGUCGGCUGUGAAAAUGAAGCGGGGCGACAUGAAGACGUCGGACCUGAUCGUGCUGGGUCUUCCUUGGAAAACGACCGAGCAGGACCUGAAAGACUACUUCAGCACUUUCGGAGAAGUCAUCAUGGUGCAGGUAAAACGAGACGGCAGGUCGGGAAACUCCAAAGGGUUUGGCUUUGUGCGGUUCACAGAGUACGAAUCCCAAGAAAAAGUCAUCGCCCAGCGCCACAUGAUUGACGGCAGAUGGUGCGACUGCAAGUUCCCCAACUCCAAGGUGAAUAUGCAAGGCCCAGACGAGCCGAUGAGGAGCCGCAAAGUGUUCGUGGGACGUUGCACGGAGGACAUGACCACCGACGAGCUGAGGCAGUUUUUUAUGCAGUACGGAGAAGUCACAGACGUCUUCAUCCCCAAGCCGUUCCGUGCUUUUGCCUUCGUCACGUUUGCAGAUGAUCAGGUUGCUCAGGCUCUAUGUGGCGAAGACCUGAUCAUCAAGGGCGUGAGCGUCCACAUCUCAAACGCAGAGCCCAAACACGGCAACAGGCAGUUUGACCGCACCGGGCGCUUCGGCAACGGCUUCGGCGCCCAAGCGUUUGGGGCCAGCCGUAGCGGCAUGGGGAGCAGCACCAACAGUAACAUGGCCAACUUCGGUUCCUUCAGCCUGAACCCCGCCAUGAUGGCGGCGGCGCAGGCGGCCUUGCAGAGCAGUUGGGGGAUGAUGGGCAUGCUGGCCAGCCAGCAGCAGUCGUCCACGUCGGCCAGCGGCACCAGCGGCACCAGCUCCAGUCGAGACCAGAGUCAGUCGUUCAGCGCGGGCAACAGCAACUACGGCGCCGGCUCGGCCAGCCUGGGCUGGGGAACGGGCGCAAACUCCACCAGCGGCGGUAGCGGCGGGUUUAGCUCAGGGUUUGGGUCCAGCAUGGAGUCAAAGUCGUCCGGGUGGGUCAACAGUGGACAAAAGCCUUCAUUGAAAUCUCUUCUGCAGUUGACCUCUCUUCCGUUUCCCUGCGAGGAAGCUCCAAUAUGGCAGCAUUGUGGCGGGGGCGAUAAGCGCAAUCACUCUCCCUCUUCCCGCCUGUGUAAAUGCUAUGCCAUCAAACAACGGCUUCACUCCGCAUGUUCUCACGAGACGGGACCUUGGGCUCCGCUGGUCGAGGUCUCCAUUUGAACCCCGACUGAAGGACGAAGACGGAAGUUCCAACACUUUGAGUGUGUGGCCUUCUCAGACACGGGGUAGUACCUGUCUUUUUUGCUCACUUUCUUAGCUUGUGAGAGAGAGAGAGAGUGCUUUUUCCCUCUGCUUGUAUGGCGUAAGAGAGUUUCUGAUGCAACACUGCAAAUGUUUGGAUAACAGGGUCUUUGUUUUCAUACUCUUGGUGAUUGGAUGAUGCCUGGCAAAUUUCACGACUGUGGGAAUGGUCACUGGUGGUAUGUGUGAUGUCAAAUGUCAUCAAUGAGUAUGGGUGCCUGACUAGUUCAAAUAGAGCUGGUGCCAAUGCAUCAGCAAGACAUGAUUUACAUUGCAGAUCCAAGUACCCAAUUCCGAUUUGAUAUUUCUGUUUUGUGUUUUGGGCAGGAUAUUAAGAACCUCACAAUUGGAUUUCGAUUCUUUAGCUUGCGAUUCGAUAUUGUCGUAACUGCUUUGUCGAUUCAGUAUGAUGUAGAAAUGCACGAUUACGAUACAUGUUGACAAUUUUUAAAUGUGUAUUUUUAUGCCCAUGUGAACAGACAUGGUAUGCCACCUUACAUUUUUGAGCAAUAAAACGUCUGGGGAAAAUAUUUUGCACAAUACCUUAUUCGUGCAUAUGGGGUACAAAAGUAAAAAAAAAAAAAAAAUCUGCACAAACACCUAAAAAGAUUUCAUCGAUUCAGAGGAGUUCCGAAUUGAUAUUGAAUCGGUGGUGGGACUAAAAACAUUUUUACCCACUAAUAUGUUUUCCUAGGUAUAUAUUUCAGUUGACAAACAAAGUUAUGUUUAUACGGACGGAACACAUGAGCCAAAUCUUAUUACAUUUGCAACCUCGAUCCUAUGUUUGUCGUUGCCUCCCACCAGGAAUCCCAUCGAGGAGAACAGAAGCAAGUAGGGGCGAAUGUUUGGAGAAAUAGGACGUCCGCUCCUCUAUCAUUUCACGGAGACGGCAAUUAAAGAUGGCGUCUCGUCAUUGUCGUGUUACAAUUCAGUUGUCUCCUUGGAUGUAAUAUUACCAAUCGCAACACGUGUUCAACUUAAAUGAUCAACACUGUUACUCUUGACUCCAAUCGUGAGUGGGCUUCCCCACCACCCGCCCCCAAAACACAUAUUUGGUGUGACUUGCAAAUAUGUAGACAGUGUUGAGAGGUUGCUUAUCUAUUACAUGGAAUGACAACAAAGACAUCCUAAUUAGACUUUAAUUACAUAGUAACAACAAGCCAGUGAAAUUAAUUUAUUAAAUACUGCCCAAAUUAAAACACUCAGCAAAAUACAUAGAUUGGACUUUCCCGAAGAGGCCCUUGUACUACUCCUAAUAAGGCGGCGUGUCAGCAACUUUCAGGUCACUGUCGAAGCGUCAAGGAGCGAAACGCGAGGAACGUUGCAAUUAAGAGCCCGCCCCCCCCCCCCCCACUGAUUUAAAUGAGGGUAAUCUCCACAUUACUCCACUGGCCGCUGUCUGAAAUGUUUUUGCUUUUUUAAUCUCUCUCUCUCACACACACACACCUAAUGUAGCAUAUUGUAUAUGCUUUUGCAGUAGUUUAGAGGAAAAAAAUAUAUUUUUUUAAUGCGUUUGUGUGUUUACACCGCACUGGCAGAUGGUUGAUACUCAUCUGAUUUUUAGCCACAUUUUGAAGAGGUGUGAUCUUAAGAUUUGCGAUUCCAUUUGUCAACCCCCAUUUACACUAUCAUGACGCAUAUCCCAAUUGUGCCACUCGACAGCAAAAACAAAACAAACAUUGGAAUUGUCACUUGAACCUUUUGCAGUGAAAAUCCUGCCUAAACCCCCCCCCCCCCAAACAUUACCAAAAUGAAUUUUUUCCAUGUUGACAUGUUUAUUAGAAUGUUUGGGGCAAGAAUGAAGAUAACAGAAGUGCCUGUGUCUUAUUCUCUGCUCUUGUCAGUUUCUUUACUCUUCCUCUUCUUUUUCAAAGCCUUCUGCACUUGUUCCACUUCUUCACUUUUUCUCUGUAUGUGCACAGACUGAAAUAAAGCGAAAUCAAAAAAGACAUUUUGUGUGUUGGAGAAUGUGCAUCCUUUGAGAGGUGACGCAUUGUUAUAAAUAUCUGAUUGGGAAAACUCACCAGUGCGGUGCUGCGACGUGCCAAAAGUUUUACGUCCUCUGCUGACACAGUGCAUCUUUUAGCAUGUCUGUAAUAAGAGUUCAGCGGGUAUUGAGGUUAACCAAAAAAACACAGCUUGGCAGUCAAUGUUCAAAAAAUGCUUACUUUGCAAAUGCUUCUAAGUCUUUAGCAAAUAUAUCUGGAAGAGAAACAAGAAGAGUAGUUUGAAAACUUGUUUUGUUUUACAAAAGAUAUGUGUUAGGUACACAAGCUAAUGAGAUCUAGUUCAAGCACUGCAACUGCAAACCUCACCCACAGCAAUAUACAACGGUGUCAAUUAAAAUGGAUUAUUAUCUAUGGGAAGGUAGAAUCUCUGGAUUGCGGUUCUCAAAUGCAACUCUUAAAAUGUUCAUCUGAUCUAUUUGAAAACUAUAUGUUAAAGAGAGAUUGUUCAGGACUGGUUUUGCACAUUUCUAACCACCCUCAAAGCUAAGCUAUCAUUUGUAUGUUUCAGAUUUUAUAUGCGGGUAGCACAACCAUACCCCUUCUUGUUUUGUGAAUUAAAUAAACUAUAAACGUCCA